UUAUUUCAGGUAUAAAAUAUAUACGUCAUGAGAAUUAUGUGAUAACGCAGGAAUACAUAAUAUUCUUUGAAAUAGUCUAACAGAACGGAGAAGGACAUGCUACGUGAAUGCUAAGAGAUAUUGGAGAAUUAGACAGAGAGAUCGGCAAAAAAUGAACACACAGGAUAGAGUGCAGUAUUGUUUAUAAAGAUUCCAAGUGCAACGGAUAAUCUUUUGAAAUGGAACGGAUUACAUUAAAAAAUAUAUUUGUAUUCUUGUUAACCGAAGGAUAUAAAUCUUAAUGGCACACUAGGCGUAGAGGCUAAGAGAUUUAAUUGGCAACAGGAAGUGAAUAGUUUAUCUCAUGAUCAGUUCUGAAAGUAUUAAUUUCAUGUGAAUGUGAAUUUUUGAGAUUAUGUUAAAUACAAGUUGUUAAAUGAGGACGUACUUGGUUAUUUAUAUGCGUUUGUGUUUAAGUUGAAUAAACUACAAAAAUAAAUCAAAUAAAAGCUAUUUUAUUACUAAAAAAUUCUUGAAAUCGGAUAUGACAUUAUCUUAUUGCAACGCAAUGAUAUUUUCAAAUGAAUAUAGUGCUGUAAAAUUUAUAUCAAUGGUUAUAAAAUUCAAAGGAGCCUUUUAAUGGAAACGACAGGAUAAUGCGCAAAUAACGGAGAUACAUUCAAUUGUAUUCUGCUAAUUAGUUUCAAAUUGCGUGUGUGUAACUUGAACUUAUAUCACGAAUUGUCGAUAUUUCCCUUAACACAUUUAAGCUGAAGAGGACAACAAUGUAGUUAAGUAGCAAAAGUGGAUAAUUUUCAUUUAAAGUAGUUUUAUGUGCAUAAAAAGUAAGUUAAGAAGUAAAAAAGGAAGCAUUUCCUUUUUGUUAAAGGAUAUAUUAAUAAGGAUUAUUCAGUAUUAUUCAUUCUGAGCUCUUAUCCUGACUGAUUUUUUAUAUUCUCGAACACGUGCUUCUAGGCCCUGUAAAAUAUAUGUUUUAAUGGAUAUAAAAGCAUUUCUACGGCGUCAGACAAAAUGCUUCGGGCUAAUCUAGGUGAAUAAUAGCGGCCGGUAAACAUCAACAAUUAUGGUUAAAUUUACAAAAUGGAACCUUUCAGACUGUUUAUUACAAAUCUUUAUCGCCGUUGUACUGUCUCCUGUGAAAGUAUACUCAAUAGAAAAUUUAACAAACUCGCCGGCUCCCAUUUCGGCGUCAAUCGAGGGAGAUGUUAUGUUAGGUGGGCUCUUCCCCGUCCACCAGAAAAGUGAGAAGGGAAAAUUAGAUAGACCAUGUGGGAUGAUUAAUGCUGACCGAGGAAUACAACGUGUGGAAGCAAUGUUGUUCACAUUAGACCGCAUAAAUAAAGACGACAGUAUUCUGCCUGGAAUAACACUUGGAACGACUAUUUUCGACACUUGUGCACGAGGGACUUAUGCGUUAGAGCAGUCUUUAGAAUACAUUAGAGCUUCUUUUUCUUCAUUAGAUGCGUCUGAAUUUGUCUGUGAAGACGGGUCGGAGGCUGAGGCUAAAUUUGAGCCAAAAACUGUUGCUGGUGUGAUAGGGGGUGCAUAUAGUUCAGUUUCUAUUCAAGUAGCUAAUUUGUUACGACUAUUCAAAAUUCCUCAGAUAAGUUAUGCUUCGACGAGUGCACAGCUUAGCGAUAAGUCUAGAUACGAAUAUUUUGCAAGGACGGUUCCAGCCGAUAAUUACCAGGCACUUGCAAUAGUUGAUAUUGUUCAAUUCUUUAACUGGACAUAUGUUUCUACUGUUGCUUCAGAAGGCGAGUACGGCGUGUCUGGUAUUGAAUUCUUCCAAAAAGAGGCACGGUCUAGGAAUAUUUGUCUUGCAGAAACUCUUAAAAUAUCUAGCAAUCCUACUCAUGAAGAAUACAAUCAAAUCAUUGAAAAACUGUUAAAGAAGACAAAUGCGAAGGUUGUGAUUCUUUUUCUGCGAGAAGAGGAUGCAAAGGGUGUUUUGGAGGCAGCGUCGCAUAAAAACAUCUCUGGAAAGUUUACAUGGAUCGCCGCCGACGGUUGGGGUACACAGCAAUCCCCAGUCAAACACAACGAACUUGCUGCAGAAGGUGCUCUUACAAUAAUUCUACAGGCUACUCAUAUUCCUGAAUUUGACGAUUAUUUUACAAAAUUAAAACCUAAUCAUAAUAAAAGAAAUCCAUGGUUCAGAGAAUACUGGGAAACUAUACAUAACUGUCGGUAUGCCGAUGAAGUUAAUCCUAAAAAUCUAACAGGGACAGAAAAAUACUGUACAGGGAUGGAGGUGUUGUCCAAAUCGAAAUAUAGGCAGGAAUCUAAAGUUCAGUUUGUUUACGAUGCUGUCUACGCUAUUGCUCAUUCCAUUGACCAGAUGAGAAUAGAUAAAUGCAAAGCCUAUCCUAGGGCAAAGGAUUGCCAUGCGCUUAAAAAGAUAAAUGGAGAACUGUUAAAGAAAUAUAUUCUCAACACGACGUUUGAUGAUGGAUAUGGUGCCACUGUGAAAUUCUCUGAGACUGGCGAUGUGUUUGGGAGAUACAGUAUUAUGAAUUAUCAAUUAAAUAGGACGACAAGGCAGUAUGAAUACAGAAAGGUUGGAAGCUGGGUUAAUGACUUGUCGCUCGAUGUUGAUAAAAUCGUCUGGUCUGGAGGAACAAAAGAUCUUCCCUUCUCAAGAUGUAGUCAACCUUGUUUAGGAGAUGAAAUGAAGCACGUGGGUGAAGAUGGCGACAUGUGUUGUUGGGUGUGUAUCAAAUGUCAACCAUUUGAAUAUCUUAAAGACGAAUACACCUGUAAGGAUUGUGGGGAAGGCAGAUGGCCGUAUGAAGAUCGUCUCGGGUGCUACCAGCUAGAAGAACAGUAUAUGCAGUUUGAUUCAGUGUAUUCAAUUGUUCCUUUGGUGUUAUCAGGUCUCGGAAUAUUUGCAACAUUAUUUGUGAUUACUGCAUUUAUAAGAUAUAACGACACACCGGUCGUAAUGGCAUCUGGACGGGAACUAAGUUAUAUGCUGCUAUCUGGAUGUUUAUUUAGUUACUUAAUGACAGUUAUUCUUAUUCUAAAACCAACACCAAUCACAUGUGCAGUUCAGAGAUUUGGUGUUGGGUUCGGCUUUGCAAUUAUUUAUUCCUCACUACUUACGAAAACUAAUCGGAUAUCGAGGAUAUUCCAAAGUGCAAGGAGGUCUGCUCGUCGACCACCAUUUAUUAGUCCCAAAUCACAGAUCAUUAUUUCAACUAUUUUAGUCACUCUUCAAGUUAUAUUUACAAUUAUUUGGCUUGUGCUGGAGCCUCCGGGAACAAGAUUGUAUUUUCCAAAUGGAAAACGUGAUGAAGUGAUAUUAAAGUGCAGGACAGAAGACCUCUCCUUCUUAGUAUCCCUCAUUUACAAUAUAAUACUCAUUAUCAUCUGUACGUAUUACGCCAUUAAAACAAGAAAAAUUCCAGAAAACUUUAACGAAUCGAAGUUCAUAGGAUUUGCAAUGUACACUACGUGUAUAAUAUGGCUAGCAUUUGUACCUAUAUACUUCGGAACACUUAAUUCAUUCCAGGUUCAGAUCACAACAUUGUGUGUGUCUAUAAGUCUUAGCGCUAGCGUGGCUCUUGUUUGUCUCUUCACACCAAAAAUGUAUAUCAUUUUCUUUCAACCGGAGAAGAAUGUGCGAAAACUUGCGAUGAUGAUGAACUCUAUGCAUAGAAAAACAGUUUCAGAUGCCUCACAAACAACAUGUACUAAGUUAAACAAUUCUUUAGAUGUUCACAAUUCUAUAGACAAUGCAAAUAGUCCUGCGGAACUCAUUCGUCUAAAUGUUCAUCAUUUUGCACAGAAGUUUAACUCCGAGACAACCGAGACACAUCCAGCAACAGAAAAAGAUAGUCUUACUUCAUUGUAAACACAAACGACACAGACACGGGAUGAUGUACGUAAUUUAUGUUUGGAGAAGUAUUGAAGCUAAAACCGAGGCCACUGUAGCUGUCGAAUCACUUGCGCCACACCAUUGCUGAUUCGAUCCAGACAGAAAAAUCGAUUCUGGCAUGUUAGGAAGUACUCCUACUAGCUGAAGCCUUCCUCCACCAUUUAAGCAUGAACCUAAUCAGAUGACCAGUAUAGUGUGUGACAUGAAAGACCAUCUUAAUAAGCUUUGAUAUGAAAUAAAGCUGUAUUUAAUUUAAAUUUGUAUGUCUUAAGUUUACGCAUUGAAUACACUACGUAAAGAUAAAAUAUUACCUUAUCACGAUAAGAAACAAAUUGUCUCUGAGUGUUUGGUUUUUUCGUCGGUUAUAGUUCCAUGUUUAAGCCCUAUUAGGAAAUGGGGAAAUAUAUCAAUUUUGAGUCCGUUGUCCAAUAAGUGGGAACAUGUGCAUGGAUUUUAUCACAGGCAGGUCGGCAUGAAUGAUCAUUUACAAAGCAUUUGAACAAUAAACCGUGCAUUAUUAUACUAGAAACCAAGACAAACUAUUCCACAACUGGCGUCAUAUUGCGAUUAAGCAUUCCUUUUUAUGCCCCGCAUACAAUCAACUGACCUGUCUGUUUUAUAGGGGAAUGCUGUGAAGAUUGUUAGAAUUGUCAAAAUACGUGUAUUUACUCUACUUCAAGUUUAAUAAGAGAAAGAGAAUAUGGGAAAGCAAUGCAAAAAGAUAAUACUGGCGAACUAAUGAAAAGGUUACGAUAGAAAGAGUGGCUAAAAUGUGGUAUACGAGGAUUGAUCGAAAGGUUCUUGGCCCGAUGUACUUCCGGUAGUCAGAGAACCCAACUAAUGGUCUUACUUGCCCUCUACAUGAAUGCACUUUGCCUACUUGUGCUCCAACUUGUUUAACCCUUCAAAAUAGAACUCUCUAUUUUGGACCUCAAAUAACUCAUUGAUCGCCUCUAUCAAUGAAAUUCCUUGUUUCCAAAACGUCAACCACGAAGCUUGGUUAACAGUUUCAGAAACAUGUAGAAGUCAGAGUGGGCCAAGUCUGGAAAAUAUGGGGGAGGGAGAAGAAUUUAAAAGUCGCAGUCAGUUGCAGCAGCCAUCGACUAUGGAUGUGUGAGCUGGCGCAUUGUCGUGCCGGAGCAGAACGCCUUGAGUCAGUUUGCCCCUCCUUUUACGCGCACUUUCUUAAAGCAUAGUACGUACCGUUGAUCAAGAAAGUCAAUCAUGAUUAUCCACUUACUAUCCCUAAAGAAUUUAAGCCAUCAUCUUUCCGGCUGAUGGCACCCUCUUGAAUUUUAUCGGAGGGGGUGAGUCAGGAUGCUUCCACUGCAUGCUCUGUUUUUUGGAUUCUGGAUCGAAGUGAUGGGCCCAUGUUUCAUCCUGAGUAACGAUCCGGUAGAUAAAACCAGGUUUGGUUCAUCCUCGUAGCAAGACAAAAGAUAUCUUAAAAUAUUAAUUCCGAUCUGCUUCUGGUCGUCAAUCAAUUUCUGGGUACCCAUCUAGCGGAAACCUUUGACAUACCAUAGACAUCAGUCAGAAUUGCCUGAACUGAACCAAAGCUAAUACCCACUUCCCUAGCAAUGCUUCGCAGGUCUCGCCUUCUGUCGCACAUGACCAGAUCGUGCACAGCUUCGGCAGUUUCAUCGUUGGUGGCCUCUUUUGGCCGCCAAAGCCUGUCAUGAUCUCCAAUGUUCUCACUGCCCCUCUUAAAUUCAGCAGCCCAUCUUUUCACCGUGCUAUAGGAUAGGAAGGGCACUCAUUCCUAAGUGUAUCCAUGAAAUCUUUAUGGAUUUCCUUGGGGAAAUCCCUUUCUUACCGAGGUCCUUAAUGACGGCUCUGGUUUGAACUUCCUCCUUUUGGUCUACAUGGCACACCCCUUUACUGAUCAAAGUGUGUUUUAUGUUACUUAAUCUGUGUGAAACCGCGUGUAACACGGUCAGUAAUCUUCAAUAAGAUAUCGGCAUCGACGUAUUGUAUGUAAAUGUCAGUGUAGUGGCUAGAAAGUGUAUCGGGCCGAGAACUUUUUGAUCAUACCUCGUAUAGAUUUGAACACUUGAACUUGAACUUAAUUUCGGGAAUUCUUGAAUUUUUCAAGAUGUUAAUAUCUAAGCUUUUGUUA